AUGGAAUGUCACCCGUUAAAAAACCCAGAUCGUCAGGUUGGAAGUUCUACUGAAGACAACGCCCCAGCUGCUUACAGGUUCCAAACGAUGGGAUUUAACAAAGCUCAAUGGGACGUUGAUUGA